AUUUAUUUACUUUAUUAGCACAAGGUGGUCGGGUCGCCUCGUGCAUUUGGAUUGCAAAAUGAACCAGCGUAGGGUGUGAGUGAUAAAUUUUAAACAUUAGGGUGUAGCAAAAUAUAAAUUUGCUUGGAGUUCCGACGUAUUAUGUGUUUCGGUACUACAUAAAAUGGAACGGACUCUUAGGCCAUUUUGACAUUAAAGAGAUCUGAAAAUGUCAAAGUUCAUCCGUGGCGAUGAUGGUGGAUUGUGUUUUGUGAUUAUAUAUUUUUAAAUGAAUUAUAGUUGUGAUGUUAAAUGGAUUGUAUGUGAGAGUUGCUGUUUCCACUAAUUAGGAGGUGCGCUCUUGAACACAACCUAUUAGUAUGCAGUGAAGUAUGAAAAAUUAAUUAAGAUGUUAAUAAAGGAGUACAGGAUACCUCUACCUUUAACGGUAGAGGAGUAUAGGAUUGCCCAGCUUUACAUGAUUGCUAAGAAAAGUAGAGAAGAAAGUUCUGGAGAAGGUAGUGGAGUGGAAAUUCUUAUAAACGAACCUUAUGAAGAUGGUCCUGGAGGUAAAGGUCAGUAUACACAAAAAAUAUACCAUGUUGGCAGCCAUUUACCUGGAUGGUUUAAGAGCUUGCUUCCAAAAUCAGCUCUUACUGUAUCAGAAGAAGCUUGGAAUGCCUAUCCCUACACAAAAACCAGGUACACAUGUCCUUUUGUUGAGAAAUUUUCAUUAGAAAUAGAAACCUACUAUUAUGCCGACAAUGGCCACCAAGAAAAUGUCUUCAAGUUAAGUGGAAGUGACUUAAAAAAUAGAAUAGUUGAUAUUAUAGAUGUUGUGAAGGAUCAACUUUAUGGUGCAGAUUAUGUAAAGGAAGAGGAUCCAAAGUUGUUUGUGUCACAAAAAUGUAACAGAGGUCCUUUAAGUGAUAAUUGGCUAGAGGACUAUUGGAUGGAGGUGCAGGGUAGAUCUCAACCACUGCCCAAUGGAAAAUCUCUCAUGUGUGCCUAUAAGCUCUGUAGAGUUGAAUUCAGAUAUUGGGGCAUGCAGACAAAAUUAGAAAAAUUUAUACAUGAUGUUGCAUUACGAAAAACUAUGCUGAGAGCUCACCGUCAAGCUUGGGCAUGGCAAGACGAGUGGCAUGGUUUAACCAUGGAUGAUAUAAGAGAAAUAGAAAGGCAAACUCAAUUGGCAUUACAGAAAAAGAUGGGUGGUGAGUCUUAUGAAGAGCAAGACCUCUCUGAAGAAAAUUCAAAAACACUUGCUGCUACAAUGAGCAGCCUGGAGAAGAAUGAAGAUAUCAACACUCCAUUAACUACCAAGAAGAAUAAUGCUGAGAAGAGAGUUCAAAAGCAUAUUUCUCCUGAAAACACACCACCAUCAGAGCGUAUCACAAUUACCAAAACAAAUCUUCGAUCUUCAUCAUCUGGAUCUAUUAAAAGCUUACAGGCUCAAGCAGCUAACUGGAGGAUGGAAACUCUCGUAAGAGAAUCUGAAACAGAGACUGGUUCAGAGGAUGAAUUUUAUGAUUGUGAAUCUUCAUUCAACAAAUGGUCUUCAAUGUGUUCUUUAGACGAAGCUGAUAUUGAUAUAUCUCCAACACAGGCAGAGCAGGGUCAGGAAGACAGUAUUUUUAACCCUACUUUCUUAAAAAGGGUAACUUCAGAAAGGGGUUCUCGUAGAAUGGCCACUUUACAGAGUCAUCACAGUAUUGAUGGAUGCCCAGAGACCCCAGUACACAGUUCAUGUGCUACUACUGUUUUGAUUCUUGUUUUUCAUGCUGGCAGUGUUUUAGAUGCAAAUGUUGAUAUGACAGCUAAGAAAUCUGAUGUAACCACAUUUAAAGGUGCUUUUGAAUCUGUGAUGCGUCAACAUUACCCAACCCUUGUAGGACACGUAUCAAUAAAAUUAGUUUCAUGUCCUUCUAUUUGUACAGAGGCCCUGGGUAUUUUAUCAACUUUGAGCCCAUACAGCUUUGACUGUUCACCAUCAACUAUGGAAACACCUUCACUGACAAAUGAUCUCAUACCAAUUGGUGCUAUACCCCUAAUUGCAACAACUUCACUGGAUUAUACAGAUGCAGUUACAAAAACUAUUAAUGCGGCCAAUGCAGCCUACACUGAGUUUCUAAAAUCAGAAGACGGAAAAGGUUUUAAUGGCCAAGUUUGUUUUGUAGGUGACAGCAUGGGCUCAGUAUUAGCAUAUGAUGCACUUAUAAGAACUUUACAGUAUCAGUCGCGACAUGACAGUGAAAAUAGUAUUUUGGAUACUGAAAUUACUAUACCCAAUGACCCUACAGAGCCACAUUAUUUAAAUAAAUCACAUUUACAAGCUCCUACACCAAGAAGGCGUUCUUCAUCUACAAGUGAUAAUCACAUAAAGUUUGAGUUUGAGGUCAGUGAUUUCUUUACAUUUGGAAGUCCACUGUCUUUAAUAUUGGCAUCAAGAAAGAUGUCUGAUGACAAAAGUCGUGAUAUUACAAAGCCACCUGUACAGCAAAUGUACAAUUUAUUUCAUCCCACAGACCCUAUCGCAUCGCGACUAGAGCCGUUGUUAUCGGCGAGAUUUACAAACUUACCUCCAAUAAAUGUGGCCAGGUAUACCAAAUAUCCGCUAGGUAAUGGCCAACCAUAUCAUUUGAUGGAAUUAAUUCAAAGUCAUCCACAAUUAUUUGGCGAUCACUUACAAAUGCCACCAACACCAAUUUUAAGAAGACUCUCUGAAGCCUCUGUUCAAAGUACCGUAAGUGGCUUGGUUGACAACAUUCCUUUGAUAACAAUGAAUGCUCUGCAGCAGAAAUGGUGGGGUUCUAAACGAUUGGAUUACGCUUUAUAUUGCCCAGAAGGUCUCGCCAAUUUCCCCACUAAUGCUUUGCCACAUUUAUUUCAUGCCAGUUACUGGGAAAGCUCGGAUGUGAUAGCGUUUAUAUUGCGCCAAAUUGGUCAUUUCGAUUUAGCGUUAUAUGGCCAUGCAGAAGAUAAAGAGUGUCCCAUGUUCAAACCUGGCCAAGAACGUGAGAAAUGGAUGAGGAAGAGAACUUCCGUCAAAUUGAAAAAUGUUGCGGCAAACCACAGAGCUAACGAUGUAAUUGUAAAAGAAGGUUCCCCACAAACUUUUACAGCUCGUUUCAUGUAUGGUCCCUUAGAUAUGAUCACAUUGACUGGUGAAAAAGUUGACAUUUACAUGAUGAAAGAUCCUCCAGCUGGUGAAUGGAAUCUGUUGUCUACAGUAGUGACAGAUAAAACUGGCAGAAUUUCUUAUACGCUAACAGAGAGACAGAGUGUCAGUUGUGGUAUUUAUCCAGUAAGGGCUGUUGUAAGAGGUGAUCACACUUGUUGCAAUUUCCACUUAUCAGUUGUGCCACCACAAACUGAAUGUAUAGUUUUCAGUAUUGAUGGGUCAUUCACUGCCAGUGUUUCAGUAACGGGACGAGACCCUAAAGUAAGAGCUGGCGCUGUUGAUGUUGUACGUUUUUGGCAGGACCUUGGAUACCUUAUUCUGUACAUAACAGGAAGACCCGAUAUGCAACAGAGAAAAGUUAUAUCUUGGCUUGCAGAACAUAACUUCCCUCAUGGCUUGGUAUUUUUUUCUGACGGAUUUUCAACAGAUCCAUUAGGUCACAAAGCGGCACAUUUGAGUAGUUUAAUAAACGAACAUGGAGUUCUGUUACACGCCGCCUAUGGUUCGGGAAAAGACAUAACUGUAUAUCAUAGCUGUGGACUCGCGCCAAGACAAAUAUACGCCAUCGGGCGUAUAAGCAAAAAGUAUAGUAACAUGGCUACUACUUUAAGUGAUGGAUAUGCUUCUCAUCUGGCGGAUUUGAAGCAGCCGGGCGCAGUGAGAGCUGCUAGAGGCAACGCGCGUCUAUUAGUGCCACGGCGGCUGUUGGCUCCGGUGAGUAGCACUUCAGCUCCGCGCGGUCGUCGUUAAUUUAGCAACCAUUUGCUAAUUGUUAGUAUUUCCUAAAACGCUUACUUCUUGGUGGGAUAGGCUGUAUUUGUGAUAGAGUAGUGCUUAUAUAAGGAUUAAUAAAAUCCUUCUUUUGAAUAAUCUUUAUUGAUAUAAUAUAUUGUUUAAGUAACGUUUAUUAGAACAUGUAUUAUUCAUGCUAAUAUUUUCCUCCAUUAAACUAUACCUUUUUAAUUGAGAUUUAUGUAUUUUUAGAUUAAUAAAAAGUUGUUUAUUUAAAAAAGAGAUAUUAUCUAAGGAAUAAUCAAUGUACUUUUUAGUCACUGAGUACCUUAUACGAUAUAAAUUGUUUAACUUUUUAAGUAUUGUAAGUGUAUCCAUUUGUUAAUCUUAAUCCAAGUUACAAACAAAUAAAUAUAUACUCUAAAUAUGUCGCUGCGCUUGUAAAUUUUGAAAAGCAAAUCAUCAGCAUCCGCUUGGAAGUCCGUUCAGAGAAGAAAUGUAAAAUUGGUCCCCUAAUUAUCUACGCGUUUAAGGCUAAGUAGGUAUUUCUUUAUAUCUUUAUAAAUUUCUUUAUAUCUUGAUUCUUAUCAAUACUAGGAAGUAUCGCAAACUUCUUAAUUAGGCAAAAUAUAUCAAAUAAUUAUAAUUACUAGCGGGGCAGUGCUAAAGCAUCAGUACUUCGGUCUUGAAAUCUAGAGGUUUGUCAUAUUGUGGUACCAAGCAGUAUCUAUCUUUGUUUUGAUAUCAUUUGCACCCUAGCAGUGGCGAAAGGUGAAAUUUUUCGAAAGGGAGCCCGACACGACAUAUUGGUACUAAUGAUAUACAUAACGUGGUCUGUAAAUCGUUCUAAUGAUAAUGAGAUUUUACAUAAAUAAUGAAAGGGAAGCUGGCAGGAAUCGGAUUAUAGGGACCUUUCGCCACUGCACCCUAGUUUUCUAUCUUUUUGUAGCGCGAAAAACAAGAUACGCACUUUGCAAAAUAUUUUGCUGUUAUUAAUUUCUUUUACAAAAAUAAGGACAUUAUAAUUAGCGUUGGAUAACUGCCCCGGAUGACGGGGCCUUGUCACCCUUUGAAUACCAUCGAAUUUCAUUAAUUUUGCAUGAAUGCGCAAUUCAGUGGGCAAAAGUAUAAAGUUUGUGUAAAUAUGAUGGUCAUAAUACCUGUUUAAAUACGGUGUACGGUAAACAUUUCUUAAGUUUAAUAUUGCAAUGAGAUUUCCUUAUGGGUUUUUUAAUUGUUGCAUUGUUUCACCGUCUCCCUAAGUAUCUCAUAUCCAUGACACUAGAUAGUUAUAACUUAUUCUGACGAUACUCUUGAGUGUUAAAUAUUAUGAAUAUAUUUAUUUAAUUAAUCAUGGUGGAUGUUACAUCCCAUCUGAAGUCAGGCAUCACCGCAUCUAAUGUUAUCUUGGACAGAUUACCUCCACGAUCCCGUCGCAAAUACACAACUGCUAAUACAGCAUUAACAUUUUGAGUUUUGUCACCAUUAUAUUAAUAAGUUUAGUUGCUUAUUUUGUCAAUUAAUACAUAACAACUGUAAUCUUCUGAUCGUAUGCGUAUUUGAAAUAAUUAUAAAAUUGCAUUUUAAUCCAAUAAAGCCACGUAAACAGCUAUUUUGGCGCAGCGACGUAAUGUGUUUCAAUCAUAGGUAGCAUUUGUUGUUUUCGAACAUACGAUAAUUUAUCAAACGCUUUAAAAUGUUAUAAUAGCAGCAGAAUAUGAUUCUUUCGCUAAUCCUCCGAAUUUAAUUAACGUUGUUCUUUAGAGUGAUUAUAAUAAUAUUAUCUUGUCAUAUUAUUAUGUCCAAUUUGUUAUAGUCUGUGUAAUAAGAGGAUCCGAAAUAUUUGUAGAUGGAACAUAAUAGACGUUGUUCUUUUCUAGUCUAUUCAGUGAUUAUCGUAAUAUUUACGAAAUAAUUACAUAUUUAUAGUUACCAUUUAAAAUAAAUCGUCAAAAUAAACCAUUACAUGACUUGCAACUACUUGAAGUUAGAUUAUUUACUUAUAAAUAUUCAUUGAAUCAUUUGUAAGUAUAGAAAUAACAUGUUAAUGAGUCAUCAUAACAAAAGAAUUUGAGUUAAAUAACUAGAGCAUAAUAAUGAAAUUAAACUUAAAAGAAAGUGCUAAAACAAUUUGCUUGUUCCAUCCACCGAGUAUGUAUUUGAUCGACUUUUGUUUUCAGUGUUUGAAGUGCAUCGAUAAGGUCAUGAUAGUUAGCAUGGAGGCAUGCAGGCUGAGUUAACACAAUUCAGCACUGUAUGUGGCAAAUAGGUGUCAGCAUUUUUUAUGCUUAGGAUCCGGUCGUAUUUUAGCGAUCCUAAGGCAUGGCACCGUGGGGUGUAGUUGCCUCCACGUUCUUUAAUAAAUCGAUGUUUUCGUCUGAUAAUAGCUAUUAGAUUAAAAGCAAUUAUGUUGACUUGUAAAAGUAUCACUUAAAUUUAGCUAGCUGGCUAGGCAUUCAAAUAUAUCUUGUCACAAAAUUAAUGUACGAAAACUAACUAAAAUGUAAAAUUCUUAUUCAAAACAGAAAAGUCAGCCUAUGCAUAAUGUUGACACAUAGCCACUCAACCUGAAAAAUAGUCGAAUGAAUGUUCUUGGACAAAAUAUUAAUGCGUACAUACAUUUUAUGAAGCCCUCAACGUACAGCGUUAGUAGUAGUCGGAAGGGCAAUGGGAUUGUAUAACUACACCAAAUAUCUACUCUGCUUCAAUUAUUGCGGGGUGAUGAUACAAUCUAUGGCCAUUUGGGGCGCUAACUCAUGCGAGAGGUUGGGUCGGCUUUUUGUAAAUUUGUAUAAAAAAGAACGGUAGAGUGUGAAUUAAUUGACGAAAACGGAAGGACUGGUGACAGAUUCUUUGUUUCUAAAAGUACACGCCUCAUUUAUAAAAGAAGAAGAAACAUUCGGAAUUUCUCUAUCAUCCUAUUGAUUCAUUAUAAUUAUUUACACAUUAUAAAUACAUAUUACAUUGCCAGUUAUUGGGCUCAAAUAAUGAACAAAAUAAAUCUAACUUAUGGCAAUGUAGUAUAAUAAAAAGACAGUUUAAACAAUAAACUAAUUCACUGCGGGUACAUACUUGAAGCAGAUUGACUGUUGAUGAUUGAGAAAUUCCGAUUUGAUACAAAAAUAAUUAAGCAAUGUAUAACUAGUAUUUACUAGUUAUACAUUUGAUACACCACGAUACUGGGUAUUUUUUACCCAGUAUCAAUGGGGAUUUUUAACACAGUAUCAAGUUGCAGUAUUGAAGAUUUCUGUUGAUAACUUCUGAUGCUAUGGGUCUAUGUAGACUAUGCAGUCUACAAGUAUGCACUUGUAUGCACCGAUAACGCGCGUAUUUCGUACACACGCUCUUAUGCGUUUUCAGCGCGCAGAGCUUGGAUGUUUAAGACACAUGCUGACUGUAUCUGUCAUUCACAGCGCGUCGUCAACGCGUUUAAAAUCGACAUGUGCAUAUAUAAAACCGGAAUGGCACUCGAUUGUUCAUUUUUAAACCAGGCCAUAAGAAAAAUCAGAAAACAUUUUUAAUAGGCUUUUGUUUUAUAUUUCUAGUUGCGUUGAAAACAUAUCUACCUAAUCGAAUAACAAUGGAUGUGUACGGUCCUAAAAACUAAAAUUAAUAAGUGAUAUUAUUGGGUCAUUGAAAUAAUACAAAUUAUACCUAAUGUUGUGAAAUAAAAAGUAUCCCUUUUUUCUAUGAUUAAUUAUUUUAGGUGGUAGGCUUUCAUUUUAAUUAUUAGGUUUAUAGAUUGAUAAACGUAUAACUGAAGCGGUUCCAAAGUCAAAGAAAUUAAAGAAGCGAAAAAAUAUGCAUCUGUAUCCACAAAUUGACCUGUUACUACAUGUAUCAAAAAUCCGGAUGAAGUUAAGAGAGAUCUACUCUUUAACCGCGACUAUCUGGUGAUGCGCCAGAGGUUAUCGAUCAUCAAAUCAUGAAGAGCAAUGAUUGAGGGUCACCGCAGACAUAACGAUGAACUGAUAAAGUAUGAUCAUGCAUUUCUCUACUGACAUCAUUGCAAUUUCGUCCUAAUCAAGUGAAAAUAGAGUUGAAAAAACUGUAAAAAAUUAUAAUUUGUUACUUAUCAGCGUCAUACUAGACUCAGGAUUGCAUUUACCUGAUUAAAAAAAAAUAAAGCUAGUGUGACCAUUAAAAUUUUUGAAUACGCGGAUUAUGCAUGAUCUAAGAUGCUUUAAUAUGUUAAUUAAACAAUACAUAUCGAAAAAAUGUAUUGAAAUCAGUAGCUAUAUCUGUAUGUACCAAUAUUGACUACUACUUUAAUUUAAAAAUACCGUGUAUUACCUAAUGAUAGCAUAUAUAUUAAAAUCAAGAAAACGGCGUAAUUGCUUUAAAUAGUUUAGCUAUUUACUCAACCAAUUUAUUAACACCCAACGGCCAAUCCUGUACCUAAUAUAUUACUUUGAUCGAUCGUAGCUAAAUCAACAUAAAACAAUAGUUCCUCGCAUUAAAUAUGACUAUUGACAGGUUGUGUUAGACGCUACGCUGAGAAUAUAAAUAUACAAGGAUGCAUGUGCAUUAGCGACAAGUGUUUUUUGCCGGUGCAAACACAAACGGUGUAUUUUUUGUACCUAACGUGAACACACUGGUUAUGUUAACCACAUACUCUUAGCGCUUCUUUUUACACGGGUAGUGUAUGCUAACGCACUGGCAUUCAGGUUGAGUACGUAAGGGUAGGAAAACAGGCUUAGCGUCUGGGGACUGGGGAACCGGAUGGAUAGAAUUAAAAUACAUUAUUUGAUGAUGUAGUCAACGCGUAAUAAUUAGUGCAGACCUCUUAGAAAACUAGUCAUCUGAUAUGUAAAUACUAAAUUUCUACUCGCACUGCGCAGCUACUUACGGGAAUUAUUGGGACUGCCUCAGUUACACGUAAGGCCUAUUGGUGUCUAGUUUAAGGGCAUUCAAUAAUAAAUACGUAUUAUGGGUAGUUGAAGGUAGAAAAAUGGUAUGCAGUAUUACAAUAAUCUUUCUACAUCUGUUUUCACGUUAUAAGUUGAGAGUACGGUUAUAUGCUUAUUAUGAUUAUCAAAUCUGUACCUAUUUACGUACUAGGGAUAUAUAUACCUACUACUGACAAUUUAUGAGAUGUUAACGUAUGUAUUAAUUAUAUUAUGUUAUAAAAAAUCUUAAUGUUGCUGAUAGUAUCUCGAACAGUUAUAGAUCUGAGUACUUAUAUUGAUAUUGUGUUAUGUGAAACUUUAUUAAUAUUUAAGAUGAUAAUUACAUUAAAUUGCAAUAUUAUUGUUCCAUUUUAUAUACAAUAUUAUAUGUGUAGAUUUGAAAUAAUAUAUAAUAUUAUGAAUUUAAUACUUACAUUGUUGCUGUCACGAUAAUAUUGUAAAAUUGUAGUAUUUCAAAUGUGAAACUAUUUAGUAUCCUAUAUAAAGUUAUUAUUAUUAUCCCUUUCGCUGAACAUUCCUAAUUCUAAACUCAUUAUUUCCAUGGAUACGAGAUGGAAAUAUAUCCAUAUUAUUAUAUAAUGCUAUUUGAGAUCAAUAUUAUUUUAAAGCAUAAAUAUGACAUUGUUACUUUAAAUAAAUUGCUGCGGUACUUUUUCGCCACACACUCACACCCGCAUGCCACAUAAUCAUUAUCUCCAGAUAUUAUAAGACUUUUUAUCUGAAGAUUCUUAAAUCCAACAAAAAGUGCUUAUAAAAACUUACCUCAAUAUUAUCAAUACUAUAAUUUAUACAGGAAUUGAUUAUGAUAAUAUGAAGCAAAA